AUGGAAUUCAUUCCAGUCAUCCCCUUGUCUGAUCCUGUCGCCGCUAUCGUUCUAUGCAGGCAGGAUAUCUCCCGGAUGUUCACCAGGUACAUGUCCAACUAUGUUCACUUCCUGAACAAGUUCAUUGGACACAUGCGUCGAGUUGGGUCGCUGAGGUUUGAGAGAAUGACGCUGAUCAAGUUUGUGAAGAAGUUGAGAUUCCUCCAUGAGUCCUUAACCAACUUCGAAGUCGGCUCUGGGAUCAUACACCCAGAGGAUGCGGACCUGAAGACGGCGAACGUGCCGCUGGCAUCAUUCUGCUUGAAAUGUCUCGAGCUACUGGAUGUUUUGAACUUCUACUUGACCCAGCCGUUGCAGAAGGAGAUUAUAUCCAAGACUUUGAACAGCAAUUUGACGUUAUCUGAGGAUUGCAUCGCGGGUAUCGAAGAUACGUAUAAUCAUUUUGUCAAGUACACGCAAUGGACGAUAGAAGCACUGGGAAUCGACGAUCCGUUGCUGCACAUUGAAGUGGUGCAAUUUGCAAGGAAAUGUGCGCUGGAAGAUAACGUAAACGUGGAGGAAAGCAGCGAUAUAUUCUUGCAAGAAGUCGAAACGGUAGAAGAUGCGGAGGAGUACGGCAAUCUGUCCAUGGAAUGGACGAACGUUCUAGGCAGCAAACUAGAUACGUUGCAAGUGUACUAUGAUGAUGUGAUGAUGCACUGGCAAGAUGGAUUUGAUAGAAAGAAGGAUACAAAGACGUCCAGGACAUGA